UAUCAUGUUGUUGUGGAUUUGACACACAUUAUACCGCUGCUACCGUCUUGUUUAAAAAUUUCAGGUACAAAACUCUCGGGGCGGGAGCAAUGCCGGAAAAUAAUAUAAGACAGCGCGGCAGGGUGGCGGCGUCCAAGUAUGGCGGUGGCGGGGUGUCUCUUGGCUCUGGCGUUGCGGUGAGGCGCGGCAUGAAGUGUACGGGCGUGGCAGGUGGCGGGCCCGGCGGCGACGAGCUACUUCUGGGCGCUUGUUGGCUCGAUCCGAAGCUGGACACCUCUUCUCCGCCCUGCCACGAGCUCCUCGAUUCACUACUAGCGCCCCCUCCGCUCGCAGAGCUUAAGCCUCUCCCUCCUUUCACCGGCUACACCGGUCAUCUGUCCAUCAACGGCAUCUCAGGCCACCACUUUCAUGCCAUCGCGCAACGUCUUCCAGAGGAGAAUAACAAUUACCCCACGCAAAGCGGAUACGGUACAGACCACGACGUCGUCUCAUCAUCAACAUGUGCGGCUGAAUCCGAGCCUCCAGAUUUAGAAGACGUGAAACCGUUUCCUCUUGACGUGCCUGAUACAAAGCCGUUUCCUGAAUCAUCGGUGCCGAGCGUUGCUGACUCUUGUGCUAAGUCUUGUUCACCACCCACAAAAAUAUUCGACGAUAACACCAAACAAGAUAUGUAUGACAUAAGCUCUAUAGAAGAUAUUGCGGCGAUAAUCGGAUCCGCUAUUGCCGAUACGACGGUUCCAUCUCAACCAGAGGACCCAGAGAGAAAUGAUUCUAGAGACAGCUGGAUGGACAUCGACGCAUGGAUAGCUGGCGCUUACAGUCAACAUGGAGAUAAAAUAGUACCGCAAGAUUUAUCCGAGUUCGGCCUUCCAAGUUCCCCACCACCAUCACAAUCCAGUCACCAGUCUAGCUUAGAUUAUCCAUGCAAAUCUAGCCAAGAUUUCACAAAAACUCAGGAAUUUAUUCAAAAGAAUUUGGGACAAGCGGGUUCAACGCUUCAAUCACUUUUGUCGCAUAGCUACAUGCCGUUGCUCCAAAAUAGAUUACAAAACGGUCCCCCGGUUAAACAAGAAGCGCCAAGCUCGACAAGUUACGGCAUGGACGUGAUAUCGACAUCAUCACCUCCCGGCAACGCUGUGUCGACUACUGAUGGAGUCGGCGGCCUUCUCAACGGUCGUUACGCACCCCAUUAUGCUCUUGGUCUAAAACCAGACGGCCUUUGUAGUCCAGAAAGACUAUUAGGCUAUCCUCACGCUCACACGACGACAGUAACUCCAUCAAAUAAGAGCAAGCGAAGUCGAGCGAAGGCAAAACAAUCUAGUAACGGAGGCAGUCUUCACGGAAGUUCACUAGCAUUUGCAUCUGCCACAUCAGCCGAGUUGAGUGGUCUACUUGGCAAGGAGAAACCGGUUCAUCGUUGUGGAAUUUGUAACAGGGGGUUCUUGAACAAAUCUAAUAUAAAGGUACAUCUUCGCACGCACACGGGCGAAAAACCUUUCAGAUGCGAUGUGUGUGCGAAAGCCUUUCGUCAGAAAGCGCAUUUGAUUAAGCACCAACAAAUCCACAAGCGGAUCGGGCGGGACUAG